UUAAGAAUCGGGCACCAGCGGCGUCCCAGGUGGGUGGGCACAGGGUAGGCGUGCGCGCACGCGGGGAAUGGGAGCCCGUGGACCCGCCAGGUCCUGGGCUUAGUCCCUCAGAAUCACGCCUGCCAUCCAGUCCCAGGUACGAAACAGGGGCACUACCUCUUUAAAGGCGUCCGGGGCUGAGCCUCUGCCACACCAUGUGAUUGCUUGAAAGGCCGGGCUGGGAGCGCAGCGGCGGGAGCCAGGAGAACGAUGAGCCGAUGCGCGCGCGGUGCCCAGAGCCCAGCCCUGCCCGGCGCGGCUCCGGAAAGCCGCCCGGGGAACUUAGGGCAACGCCUUUGGGACCCCCUACUGGUUGGCAGGCAGGAUGGUGAGCUCCUUGCCUCUGGGUCGGCGGACACCUGUGGGCACUGUGGAUGCACAGGGGAUUCUUGUGGAGUGCUGGCCUCGCGCCCCAGGGCGCCUGUCUGCUGAUGUGCCCAGCUCCUGCCCACCAUGCCACCGUACAUCUCGGCCUUCCAGGCUGCCUACAUUGGCAUCGAGGUGCUCAUUGCCUUGGUCUCUGUGCCCGGAAAUGUACUGGUGAUUUGGGCUGUGAAGGUGAACCAGGCACUUCGCGAUGCUACCUUCUGCUUCAUCGUAUCCCUGGCGGUAGCUGAUGUGGCUGUUGGCGCCCUGGUCAUCCCACUGGCUAUCCUUAUCAACAUUGGGCCACAGACCUACUUCCACACCUGCCUCAUGGUGGCCUGUCCUGUCCUCAUCCUCACCCAGAGCUCCAUCCUGGCUCUGCUUGCUAUCGCUGUGGAUCGGUACCUCCGAGUCAAGAUCCCUCUCCGGUACAAGACAGUGGUGACUCAGCGGCGGGCAGCAGUGGCCAUAGCCGGCUGCUGGAUUCUCUCCCUUGUGGUAGGACUGACACCCAUGUUUGGCUGGAACAACCUGAGUGAGGUGGAACAAGCCUGGAUAGCCAAUGGCAGUGUUGGGGAGCCCGUGAUCAAGUGUGAGUUCGAGAAGGUUAUCAGCAUGGAGUACAUGGUCUACUUCAACUUCUUCGUCUGGGUGCUGCCGCCAUUGCUCCUCAUGGUUCUUAUCUACCUGGAGGUCUUCUACCUGAUCCGCAAGCAGCUCAACAAAAAGGUGUCAGCCUCCUCUGGUGACCCCCAGAAGUACUACGGGAAGGAGCUCAAGAUCGCCAAGUCGCUGGCCCUCAUCCUCUUCCUCUUUGCCCUCAGCUGGCUACCGCUGCACAUCUUGAACUGCAUCACCCUCUUCUGCCCCACCUGCCAGAAACCCAGCAUCCUCAUCUACAUUGCCAUCUUCCUCACACAUGGCAACUCGGCCAUGAACCCCAUCGUCUAUGCCUUCCGAAUCCACAAGUUCCGGGUCACCUUUCUGAAGAUUUGGAACGACCACUUCCGAUGCCAGCCCAAGCCCCCCAUUGAGGAAGACAUCCCAGAGGAGAAAGCUGAUGACUAGGCUCUGCCUUGCUCCGUCUAGCCCACACCCAGUGGCUCUCUGUUCAACCCCCAUGUCCUCCCUGUUCCCCCCUGUCCCACUGUUCCUCCUCAGCCUUCCCAGCUGGGCUGUGGGCUGUGGAUACCAGGGAGGCUCUGAAGAGAUGCCAUGGAACAGGGUCCCUUCUGUAAGGAGCUGGCUGCCCUGUACCUUGGGGACCUGGAGGAGGUUUGGAGGUGGGGCAGGCCAUAGCAGGGAAUUGGGUGCCCUCAGGUGAGAGGAGAGUCUUGUGUGCAUCAUUCCUGGCUGUUCUCUGAACAGUUCAGAGAGCUGGGGUUAGAAUAUUCUGGCUCCUACAGUCAGACAGGGGAGCCUACUAUUAGGUGUUGGUGGCCCAAGGGACCAACUUCAAAGUGAGGAAGACAGUCCCUUAGAGGUGGAUGAAUAGAGAGAAAUGGAUAUGCUGCCGCUUCGCUGUCUCUCCUGUUCUCUAGGAGAAGAUAGUAAACCACAGGGAAGGAGGCCUCGGCCUCUCCUCCAAGGAUUGUGUUCUUGGCCACGCGGGUGCUCUCCUGACCCCGAGAAGCCCGGGAUUAUACUUGGGAGACACGGAAAGAAUGGGUCCAGGGAUUGUCUCUCACAUUUGCUCUAUUCACAGCCUGGGACUCCCAGUGGGCCACAAAGUCCUUGGGAAUAAAAAUAGUGCAGAAGGUGCUGGCCUCACAUAGCCAGCAGGGAGCAGCACUGAGCCCUUCUUGCCCUGAACUUCCUGGGAGUCUCCAAUGUAAUUUUCUGUCUGGGCCACCAAGCUUCACCAACUCUCAGAGCAGGCCUGGACUCUCCUGAGGGACACCAUCUCUGCUUCCAAGCCCCAGGAGAAGAGCUUCCCCAGGAAGUACAACCCUUGGGAGCAUGCUGCCUGAGGGGGGUGAGGAGGGAGAGGAAAGCAUCUAAGAAGAUCCCAGGUGCCCCUGGGCACCUCUGGUGUGCCCAGAAGUGUGACAGACCAGACCAGACCAGACCAGACCAGACCAGACCAGACCAGACCAGACCAAAGGACACUGCUGUCUUCAGUAUGAGAAAGUGCCUUGCUGGCAUUUAAAUAUCCAAAAGGCUCCUGGAGGUGGCUUUAGCUCAGGAGCUGUGUUGCAGAUAGAGUGUAGGCUUUUGGGGAGGUUUCAGGUGGGACCAAUCCAUGUUCUGCUGAGCCUGGAUGUCUUCCUUGUAUGGACAGCAGGCAGGGGAGGGUGUCAGGUUCUCCCUUCCUUGGGUGUGAAUAUUGACUCCAAGUCUUGAUUCCAGGCUCUUCCUUCAGUUGGAGGUAAGGUGUCCCUGGCUCUCAAGGAGGCCCCUAUGUCUAAUAAAAGAUUGUGAAGCCCUGUGGGAAGUGGGGUGCUGGCACCCCAGCACUGCCAGAGGGCAACCAGACCACCUCAGCAGAGAAGAUGUAAUGGUGGGGGUGGAGGGGAAGCUGGGAGAGGGCUGUGGAGGCAGAUGGAAAGUCCCAGAGAUGGUGUGUCUGUUGCUAUAGUUACACAUUUAGGGUAGCACAGUGUGAAUCAGAAAGCAAGAUCCAGAACACUCACAUGUCUAAAAAAAAAAAAAGAAAGAAAGAAAAGAAAAGAAAGAAAGAAAGAAAGAAAGAAAGAAAAGAAAAAAAAUGCCCUGUGUCAUGUGAGACCCUUCCUGCUGGCACUUUUCUAAUCUUGAUAGUGUCUCCCCUUCAUAGUAACAUAGUAUUGUUCCAUCUGUCAUGACACUCAUUGCCACAGAAACCCCAUGCUAUAACACCACACACCUUUAUUUGAAUGCUUCUCACACAGUGUACAACUCUGAAGAGGGUGCCAGUCUCUGCCCCUUCUGGGCCCUCUUGUACCCAGAAGGUAUGGCCUGGGGCCUGCCAGGCCUGAUCCUGGGUCUGGACCCAGCCUCUGGUGGAGGGAGCCUGCAGGUACUAGAGACCCACCCCCAUUAGCUGUUCCUAUGGUCUUGGGGAUUCCUGGAGUCCUGAUCCUCGGGUCUGCAGGACGUGGUGGAUAAUGUCCUUCUGCGUCCUGGUAUGUGACCAAGCUGCUAGAAGAGAUAGUGGGGAGUCGGGUAGAGAAUCACCUCCACCCUUCUCAGUCCUUCCUCAGGCUCGAUUUCCAACGCUGAGCUCUGCCCAGUGUAGCUCUGGAGACUUGAUAGUUCACCCAGAGCCUCAGAACCACCAAACGAGGAAGGGAGAGCAAGGGCUGGGUCCCUACUUUCCUAAUGAGGGAAAAGAAUGCUGAUGUUUACAGUCACUCAGAGCCAAGCCCAGAUGCUGACCUGUGACCACCACCCAGAGUACCCAUCCCUUCUGGACCUCCCCAGCAUGACCCAGCGCUGCACUGUCUUCACCAAACCGAACAUGCAUGCUCUCUGUCUUUUACUACAAAAAUGGUACCCAGAUCUGCCUACUGCCCUCCUGCCCUCCCCUCCCUGUCUCCAGUGACAUUUUAUGCCUGGGAGGUGGAUUCUUCUCUCCCAGUCUUCUCUUUGACACCACACUCUCAGUAGAGGUAACUGAAGGAGUGGGUCCAGCCACUCACCUGUCUCCUUGUCCCAGUCUCUGCCUCUGUUGCUUUCAGUGGGUGGCAGAAGCUGAAAGAGAUACUACAAGUUAGAGCUUUGGGGGAAGACAGGAGGGAACGGAGAAGUUUGAGGUCAAGAAUUCCCAGCACCCCAGUCCCCAAAUAGAAAGAACAUCUUGCCACUUAGAAAGUCACACAAACAGUUCUUGACCCCUCCCUACCCUUUUCCUGCUCCAGUUUCACUCUGAGCUACAUCUAGUCCAGCUCCAAAGAGGGACUCAGUCUGUCCACUACAGCAGGGUGCUGAGGGCACCCUUCCGACACCCACCUUUAACCUCCAGCCGACAAUCCACAGAGGCCUCCCCUAGCACGUUGAUGGCCUUACAAGUGUAGACCCCAGAAUCAAAGGGGCUGGGCUUCCGGAUCUCCAGGGUGCAGACCCCUUGCUCGGAGACGGCACGGUACUUGGGGUCACCCUGGAUGUCCAUCUUGUUUUUCAUCCAGAUGAUCUUGGGCUGGAAGCAAGGUCAGAGGAGGGUAAUGAAGUAAGAGCAGCUCUCAAGAGAAACUUUCAUCCCUCUGUCUCCACCCACUCCACCAGCCCAGGGCCCCUGACCUUAGGUGAUGCUCGGACGCUGCAGAAAAGCUGCGUGCUAUAGCCAGGAGUGGAGGUAUGGUCAGCCAGGGGCUGGGUGAAUGAGGGCGCUUCUGAGAAGUCUCGCUCAAUAAACUCUCUAGGUUUGGCAGUAAUAUCUAGGUUCAGGGGAGAAUUUGAGAUUAUAGGGAUGCAGGAGGCUUCGGAAGACUGGCCUCAACCCUAAACUUUGGGACAUUCAACCUGGUCAACACAUGAAGACAUCAGAGAAAAGCCUCACUGAGCAGGGCUGAGGCUGAUCAGGAGGUGAACAGAGAGGAGUGGGCGGGAAAACUUGAGCAACGGAGGAUUGCGGCAAGAGGCAAACAUCACAUUCCAUUUCUGUCUGCCUCUGAGACCUGAGUGGCUUUCCUUUUUAAACACAAAAUGCUCACGGCUAUGACACUCUGGCUGAUGUUUAAAGAGUAUGGCUUCUAGGGUGAGUAAGAUGGCUCAACGGGUGAGGGUGUUUGCCACCAAGCUUACCACCCUGAGUUCAGUCCCUGGAACCCACAGGGUAGAAGGAGAGAACUGACAUGUUGUCCUUAGACUUACACAUGCACGUGUGCAUGUGAACACACACUCACACACCAAUAAAUGUAAUUAAAA